AUGUCCUCGACAUCCAACGUGGAGAACCUUGCCCCACAUGUUAUUCGGAGGGUGGCCAAGGAGCUGGCGGAGCUGGUCAGCCAGCCACCCGAAGGCAUCAAGGUGAUACCGAAUGAGGAGGACGUCUCCGACAUUCAGGCGGUCGUCGAAGGGCCGGCUGGUACCCCUUAUCACAAUGGCCAGUUUCGGGUGAAGCUCGUCCUCGGGAAGUCCUUCCCCUCGGCGCCGCCCAAAGGCUUCUUUCUCACCAAAAUCUUCCACCCCAACGUCUCACGCAGUGGGGAGAUUUGCGUCAACACGCUGAAGAAGGACUGGAAGGAGGACCUCGGCUUGAAGCACAUUCUGCUGGUCAUCAAAUGCCUGCUCAUCGUUCCAAAUGCCGAGUCGGCGCUGAACGAGGAGGCGGCGAAGAUGCUGCUGGAGCACUACGACGACUACUGCAAGCGGGCGAAGAUGAUCACGGAGAUUCACGCCAAGCCCGUGCUGGCGAGCAAUCAGAACAAGAACGUGGAGAACGGCGGUCUGGAGAACCGUUCCGCCAAUGGCCAGCAGCAGCAGAGCCCACAAAAAGGCGGCGGUGGCAAUAGAAAGCACCUCGGCGAGGACGCAAUCGGCGGAGGCGGCAACGGCGGCGGUGGUCCGCUGCUGAAGAAGCUCGCCAGCAAUAGCAACAACCUUCGAUCCUCGAAGCUGGCAGUGAACAACGGCAAGCCGACCACUGCCACUGUCGACUGCAAGAAGAAGCGCGCCCUGAAAAGGUUAUAG